UACGUUAGCGGCCAAUCGGAACGUAUAAAUUGCUUGUAUUCAAUCGCAAGUCUAAAAGAGUUUACAGUGAAAUAAACUUAGUGAAGAAAUUUAAAUUAUUAUAGCAAAGAGGAUAAACGAGAGAACAUCCCAAAAAUUUAUACGAAAUGUACAAGUUAUCGAUUAUUCUGCUAAGCCUUUUAGCAGGCACGGCUUUCGGUGCCUCAACGAACAAUUUGCUUAGGAGCACAGAGAUCAAUUUAUUGCAAUUGAUGGUGGACACGCGAGCCAAUCAACGCGCCAACCCCGAGCAAAGCUUGGCUUGCUUCGAUUAUUAUCUUAAAGUGUUCGACGAUCUCAAUGAGGAGUACCGACUAGGCUUUGCUGCCUGCCUUGACACAGCCGAAGAUGAUAGGAGCAAAGUCGACGCUGCUACACAACCUGAACGCGAUGCGAUUGAAGCGUCGGCCAAGUCUUCUUGUGAGGCACUGAACGCUUGCGCACAGCUUGUUGGAUCAAUCGAAUAUUUCAGUUGCUUUUCAAGUACUGGCAAAGACAAUACCGAAAGCAUGUACGAGAUUUCAGCAGAUGCUGGCGAAACUUUAGCAAAUGUACGCGAAAGCUAUCGCUUAAUAGAAAAUGCUGAACACCGCUGUACGAAUGCAUCUGAACGUGAAUAUGUGGAGAAUACCUAUAAGGCUAAUCUGGAUUUACAAAGCUGUCUUAGAGGUGAAUCGGCAGUGCCGACGACCGUCGCUCCAACACCUACUUCUCCCUCAGAAACAAGCCCGGGAGAAACAGAAUCAACAGCGGCACCAACCGAGUCAACUCCAGGUACUCCUGAACCUACAGGCGCACCAACCGAGUCGACAACAGGGGCACCCGAAGAGACAGAAUCAACAGCGGCACCAACCGAGUCAACUCCAGGUACUCCUGAACCUACAGGCGCACCAACAGAGUCGACAACAGGGGCACCCGGAGAGACAGAAUCAACAGCGGCACCGACCGAGUCAACUUCAGAUACUCCUGAACCUACAGGCGCACCAACAGAGUCGACAACAGGGGCACCCGCAGAGACAGACUCAACAGCGGCACCGACCGAGUCGACCUCGGAUGCUCCAGCUGUAACUGAAGACGCUGGAACAACUACGAAUAGUGAUUUCAUGCCAGAAGAAGACCUGUUUGCUAUGAGGAAACUGCUUGCUAAACUAAAAAGUAGACUUGCAGUGAGCAAACAUUAAGAGCAUAAUAGUUGAAACUGACUAAAAAAAUACCAAAAUUUAUUAUAAUCCGAACAUCUAUGUACUUUCACAGAAAAACAGUAUUAUAUAGAAAAUUGAAAAACCCUGUAUUUGAAAUUAUUUAAUAUUAAAUAUUACUUCGAGUAAUAAGAAACCCAUUUUGUAAAAAUUCGAUAGAAAUAUUAACAAAUUGUGAACGAGCAAAAAUACAGUCGCUAUUCGAUAAAUAUACUCCCAUUAUUUAAAUCAA